UAAAUAUAUGAUCUUUGAGCCGCCUCGAUCCUCCUCCUCGCUCAGUUGAGUGAGUCAUUCUAGGUGACGGAGCACUGGUUCUUGGGCGGGUGAAGCAAGGCAGAUGGAAGAGGAGCUGAACAGCCAUCCCUCCGAUGGACAAACGCGAAAUCCGGCGGCUUAUCCUAGCGGCGUCGGGCUUGGUGAAGGAGCUGAGGCUGAGCUGUUGGUGAAGGAAGCCAAGCCAGAGAAGGAAGAAGAGAAACGAAGAAAGUGAGCUUUCCAUUCACUAAUUAAAAUCAGUUCCCACACCGACCAAGCCAGAGAAGGAAGAAGAGAAACGAAGAAAGUGAUUAUGUCGUUCUUAUGCUGAAGUUCGCUGGUGAGUGGAAAACAAUUGCUAGAUUUGUGUUUUGACGUAGCACAGCUGCUCAAACGUUGAUAAAUUUGAAGCUUUUACUUGCAGGAAAAACGCAGUGUGGAGAUGUUGGAUUGCCCCAGCCCCAUAGGAGUACGCUUUGCUAGAAGACGGUCUUACCCUAGCGGAUUGCAAUAUUCAGAAAGCCUUCAUUUUCACUUCUUUGGUGAUAUAACCUAUUUGCAACUAUGCUUGCGGGCUGCGGCUUGACUCUUUAUGAGGACAUUCUUAGCUGCUGCCAAAUGUGAGACUACUUGGGAUGCUUGUACUUCAGCUAGAAGAGCAAUUCAGAACCCUCUCGAGCAGUUCUUUGAAGCUCAUAGAAGUGUGGAGGAUGAUAAACCUGUUGUGUAUGGUCGGAGCUGGAAGGCAUCUGAGCUUCGUCUCAAGUCCUGGGAUGAUCUUCACAAACUAUGGUAUGUACUUCUCAAGGCUCAACGUCAAAUGCUUAAUGCUCAAAACUUGAGAUUUCCAAAUCCAGAAUGUAUCUCCAAGGUAAGAAAGUCUAAAUGCCGAAUCAAACACGUGCUCACAGAGAGGGCGAUCGAUGAGCCAGAUCCUAUGAGGUGUAGUGAGAUGAAAAGAAUGAUAAAUGCCGUAUGAGAAGAAUGAUAGUUGUGUUAAAAGGAAUGAAUGAGAGAUGCUGUCAUUUGAUCCAGUGGCAGAUGGACAGGUGAUUAUGUCGUUCUUAUGCUGAAGUUCGCUGGUGAGUGGAAAACAAUUGCUAGAUUUGUGUUUUGACGUAGCACAGCUGCUCAAACGUUGAUAAAUUUGAAGCUUUUACUUGCAGGAAAAACGCAGUGUGGAGAUGUUGGAUUGCCCCAGCCCCAUAGGAGUACGCUUUGCUAGAAGACGGUCUUACCCUAGCGGAUUGCAAUAUUCAGAAAGCCUUCAUUUUCACUUCUUUGGUGAUAUAACCUAUUUGCAACUAUGCUUGCGGGCUGCGGCUUGACUCUUUAUGAGGACAUUCUUAGCUGCUGCCAAAUGUGAGACUACUUGGGAUGCUUGUACUUCAGCUAGAAGAGCAAUUCAUAACCCUCUCGAGCAGUUCUUUGAAGCUCAUAGAAGUGUGGAGGAUGAUAAACCUGUUGUGUAUGGUCGGAGCUGGAAGGCAUCUGAGCUUCGUCUCAAGUCCUGGGAUGAUCUUCACAAACUAUGGCACCCUUUUUAAACUAGAAAUUGCUCUGUCAAAGGAAAUAAGAACACUGGCAGCUGAAGCUUUUCUUAAUGCCAGCUGGUACCAAGGGCCAACUUCAGCAAUUCUAAACCUCAGAGGAGAGUGGAAUCGAGGGGAAUCCGGGGAAGAGAAGAAGAAAGGGGAAACGGGAAAGGAAGGGAGAGAGUUCUUUUUUGCCUCAAGACUUCUACUUUUAUGGUCAUUUGCUUUGAAGAUAAGGAUUGGAAGGAUAUCCAAGUUCUUUUUUGCUCAGGUAUUAUUUUGAACUGGUGAGUGGAAAACGAUUGCUAGGGUUGCAUUUUGACGUAGCUCAGCUGCUCAAGCGUUGAUAAAUGUGGUUCUAUGGGGGUAUACUGUAUAUUACAAAUGAGUGGGAAUGGGGCACACAGACUGAAGUUCAAAGCUUCACCACAAUUAAGGAAGCUGUUUCCUUAUUUCUAUUAGGAGCAGCGGAGGAGAAGAAAGGGGGAAAGGCAAACGGGUACAAGUGAAAGAGUAGAGAGAAGGAACAGGAAAGAAAGAGGAAGCAGAAAGGGAAAGUUAUUGAAUUCAUAAUAUACAAGGGUUUUAUUAUUCUCCAAGUUCGUUUCUUGCUUUGAAGAUAAGUCUUGCCUCCAGUUACAUUGACGUAUGUUUCAUCAAAACUCCAAAGGAAAUAAGAACACUGGCGGCUGAAGCUUUUCUUAAUGCCAGCUGAAA